AUGGCUCCCAAAAAGGCGAGCAAAGGAGGAGUCAAGGAGAUCGAUGUCAAGAAGAAAGGGGGCAAGAAGGAUACCAAUGUGGUCCCCAAACCUAUAGACUCACCCCUGACGGAGGAGACUCGAGAGUUCUACCACAAUCAGAUCCGAGACCUGGAGGACCGGCUGGCCCGGUACCAGCGGAAGGGAGAUGAGCUGGCUGUACAAGAGAAGCUGUUCCGUCAGGAGUUUGAGCAGAUGGCCAACAACAAGAAGGAGAUCGUGGCCUUCCUCAAACGCACGCUCAACCAGAGGGUGGACGAGAUCACGGACCUCAAUGAGCAGCUGCAGAACCUGCAGCUGGCCAAAGAGAUGGAGAAGGACGCUUUUGAGACACAGCUGGCUCAAGUGCGCCAUGAGUUCCAGGAGACCAAGGAUCAGCUCACCACAGAAAACAUCGCCCUUGGGGCAAAGUUGGCUGCCCUGGAGGAAUUCCGGCUGCAGAAAGAGAAGCUCACAGACAAGUACACGAUGCUGACGGAACAGCUGCAGAAGCAGCACAGUGAAUACAAGGACUACGUGUACAACCUGGAGAAGAAGUCGGUGCUGGACAAGGACAGGCUAAGGAAAGAGAUCAUCCAACGUGUGAGCGUCGUGGCCACUGAGUUCCGCAAGGUGGCUUCCAACCAGAUGUGGGAGACGACAAGGCGGGCCAUCCUGGAGAACAACAAUGUGUCCCAGCAGCUGACCGAGGUAUCCAAGCAAGGCCUGCAGCUGCUGCAGGAGAACGAGCAUCUUAAAGACAUCAAGAACAAGAUGUGCAAACAGCUGGAGAUGCUGGAGAAGACCCAGGAGCUCAUGGCCAGGAAGAGCAGAGGCCAUCAAAAGGUUAUCCUUAUGCUCACGGAGAAGUGCCGCCAGCAGCGACAGGGCUCAGAGGAGGCUGAAAAGCUGCGCCUGGUGUUGUGCCAGCUGGAGCAGAACUUGCUGCAGCUGCAGACCGACUACCAGGAACUGAGAAGCCAGAAAGAGCAGCUGGAACAGAAGCUGGAGCAGCAGCAGGCGGAGGCAGAACGGCUAAAGCAGGAGCUGACAGAGCAGCAGAAGGCUCGGGCUAACCUGGAGAUGAUCCUGGCCCAGGCUACCUCCUUCCUACGGGACAUUCUGCAGAUGCACAAAGAGGAGGACGACGGCGCGUUCGACAUGGUGUUCCAGCUGCACCGUAAGGAGUUGCUGCAGCAACUGCUGGUCCUGCUCAGCUUUGCCGUCACCUCAAAACCCCAUCUGACUCUGUGCCCCAGCCAGGAGAGCCUACCCAAGGACAGCCAGUCCAACCUGCAGCCACCCAAGGUGCCAUCUCCGCUGCUGCAGCUAUCUGCCAUCACAACCUACCAGCCUGGGGAUCUAGGCCUGGUGCCUCGCCGAACCCACAUCCCACACAACCCUCAGGACCUCAGAGUGCUCUCCUAUGUCACCCGCAUGAGAAAUUUCCGGUUACAGAACGGUCCUGAGAUCUCCCUCCCUGGCUCGCUCAAAAGAUUCAGAAAGUUUAGUCUUCCUAAAACUUUCCAGCAUCCCAAGUAGCUCAUGGAGAAAAGGCCAAAUCCUAUCCCAGAGAUGGACGGUUCCAGCCACAGUACCCCCUUGAAUCUGCCGGUGGACUGAGCCAAUCCAGAGAAGAGUUACAUAAACA